AGUCUAGCAGAGAUAAGCGAAUGUGAAGGACGUGUUCUAAACGUGUAGUGUAAGAAUUUCUGUUUUUUGUGUGUGUGUGUGUAAAACCAACAGUUAGUUGUGCUUUCUCACGCUCUAUAGAUUCUGUUCCUUAUUUCGGUUUGUUUCCUUGUUCUCCGUUUUAAUCGAUUUUAAUUUAAUGGCAUUUUACAUUUGUUAUGCAAACUCGUUGAUGUGCUUUUAUUGUGUGUGAGAUUUGGUAUUUCGUAGUGUGAAUGAUUCAGGAGGAAGGCUGCUUCUGCAACAUAUUCCAAUCGAUGGAUCACAAGAGAAGAAAGAAAAUGAGCGACAAGAAGACACAUCUGCGUUUUGAAUUAAUAAUCGCGUUGACGCUGAUGUGUUGCUUGUUUAGACUGCCAUCCAGCCAUGAAUUAAUUAGAAAAGAGCGAGACCAUAGUUUUACCCAUUAGAAUAAUGUGGUACUAAUUUGAAUGCACUUAGCCGGUAUCUCUGGUCGUCGAUUGAAAGAGCAGUUUUGCAAAUGGUUUGUUGGGGUUGACCCAGUUAAAAUGAAAGUGGAACUGUGUUUGCAUUAGAAAAUCGAGUACAAAACAGAGACGACGAAAAUACAUACACGUAUUGAAAGUUUAAAUUGAAUGUGCCAGUGAAUCAGGAGAGAGUGAGGGAAAGAGAAACGAGUGUUCCAGCAUAAAUGAAUAAAGAGGGAAUUGGAUAUCGUUUCGAAAGCGAGUUUUUUUUUGCCGCAAUUUAAACCAUCGUGUUGCAGACUCAAAAGCACAUUAAAACAACAACGUCGACAACGACGAAAACAACAUAUUUCCAAUACCGCACACUUUUUUAUAUGCAUGUCGCAUAAUGUCGGUGGUAAAACUGCAUCGACCACAUUGACGCCCGGCCAUUUCUGCAUAUGAUAUACACACAGAACAAAAAAAAACACGCGCUGCGUACCAAAACUAAAAUCAAACCACUAAGCCAACACGCAUAAAAUCAAGAGAAACAGUGUUCAACAACAACAAUAGCCAUAUAAAUAACAUGGAAGCACUGCAAGCCAUAGCAACAAGUAUCGGUGUGAUUGGACUGAUUUUAUUGAUGGUAUUGCUGGUACUGCACUUUUUUGGAUCAAAAACAGCUGCAUGGAUCCACUCAAAUCGAGAAGAGAAAAUUGGGUUUUCCAAAAACCGAAUCUAUCAUGCAAAUGGAUAUCUGAUCCAAUCCGGUUCGGAGUUUUUGUUAAAUUCAACUGGCAGUUUUAAGCAUUUUGAGUCGAUUGACCGUGACUAUAAACCCGGCGAUCCAGCCACACAAUCACCAUCGUGGAAUAUUAACGUACCGGAGAUACCGCCACAGCCAUUACGACCUGCACCAAAUUCACCCACAUUCCGCGAACGCAAGAGAUCGUUGGAUAAAUCACCAACAAAGCUAACACCCGAAGCACAAAGCAUUCAGUUCCAAGUGAAUCGUCAAGUGAUUGACGACAAAAGUACAGUCAUUCCACGGCCAGUGACCAAACGGCAAUUUUCCAGUCCAGCCAAUUGUGGUGUUGCGCAUAUCAAUUUAUCGGAUGUGGUGGCUAAAAUUAACAAUGGCCCAAAAUCAUGUACAAAUCCAUUUCUCAAUGGGUCUCUAUCGAUAUCAGAAGACGAUAAUUCCAAUAGUAUCGAUCUAAAUGUGAAUAAAAACCAAUACAAUAGUGCCAAAGUGCAGACAUUUCACGCCGUCGACGACGAAAAAUUACAGAAAAAUCCAUUUUCGAAACGCCAUCGACAUGAUGAUGUAUCAUUUUUCUCAUUUCCCUCAAAUGGUAACAUUGAUGACGACGGUGGUGACCACAACCAAACGACAAAUACGACGAAAUUCGAAAUUACGGAAACGACUGACACUUUGAUUGAAUUAAAUGAACCAACAACAACAUCCACAAGCAUAACAUCAACUAAUGAAGUGACACUAUUAGGCCAAAUAAAUUAUGCACCAAAUAACCAACAAAUUAAUCACAAUCGCUCCCUAUCCGAUACGGGAUCAAACAAAACACUAGCCACGGAUAUUUAUGAGCAAUCAACAGCAAUCAAUAAUCCAUUUGUCGCUGGUAAUCUACAUAAAACCGUUUCGGACACAUACCUCGAGCAAUAUUCCACACAGAAAAAACUACUCACCAAUGCGUUGAAUCGUACACCGAGCGGCCAAUCAAUCCUGAAUUCGGCCAGUGAACAAGCCAACAAUUUACAAACAAACGAUACCGAAUUAAAGCGAGCCAUGUCUUGUGAUUCUGUCAAUUCGGAAUCGUCAGUGUUGCUGGCCGAUUUGGAGCUACAGAGCAAUGUGCCAACCGUAACUGGUCAACUGUGUGUUGGACUGCAAUAUGAUAAAAACACACUGACAGACGAAGGCAUUGAAAUUGUGUUAACCGUAAUGGAAGCAAAAGAAUUAAUUGGACCUCCGGAUGCUGAGCAAUUUGAUACAUUUGUUCGAAUUUAUAUGGUUCCCGAUGAAACAGUAGCACAACAAACAAAAUUGUUCCGAAACUCAAGAUGUCCGAGUUACAAUGAGACAAUUUCGUUUUGGUUAAGUAAUAAAACACAAACACGACGAACAUUAUGGUUUCACGUGUAUCACAGUGGAACCGUUCAUACGCUUAUCGGUGAGACUGAGUUUCAAAUCGGCGAUGUUCGUCGUCCAAUAACAACCUGGCUCACAUUAUCCGAUUCGAGACACAACAAAAGCCCAUAUGGAGAAUUAAUGUUUUCAUUGAGCUAUUUGCCGACUGCCGAAAGAUUAACUGUUGUCGUUGUAAAGGCACGAAACCUUAAGCUCAACGAGGACGAUCCAAACAAUUCGCAACAAAAUGUUUUCGUUAAGGUUUAUUUGCAAAAAGAUGAUAAAAAAGUGUCAAAAAAGAAGACAAACGUGAAGCGGGCGGACAGUUGUCCGAUUUUUAAUGAGGCGAUGAUAUUUAGUGUGCCACCAUAUAUGUUGGGUGCGAUUCAAGUGCGUUUGACAGUGAUGAGCAUGCCGGAGCCAUCGUCAGCAAACAGUGAGAAUAGCAAUACCGUUACAGGACCCAAACCAAUUGGACAUGUUAUUGUUGGAUGUUCAACAUCCGAUAAGGGCUUACGGCAUUGGAACCAAAUGAUGACGUCGUUACGAAAACCAGUGGCUAUGUGGCAUGCGAUAAGGCGCAUCUCACAACCCCAAACAGGAUAAAAAAAAGAAAACGUUUUCGUAAACAACUGCCAGUGGUGCUUAAAUCCAAAAUCGAACAUCUCACUGACACUUUCUUCAUUUUCUGCGGGAACACAAGUCCAUGUCUUGUUUUUAUCCCUCCUCCCCGACAUACAGACACACGGCAGCCUUCGAGGUAGGAGUAUACACAUACACAAUCUUAUAUUUGCUCUGAACAUAAUACACAAUCACUCUACGGCCAAACAGACAAUAUUCGGCAAAAAGAAAACAAAAAUAUCAACAAUUUUUCAGGAGAUACAAAAAAAGGAAGGAACAAGAAUAGAAAUAGAUCGAUUCACAAACAAAACACUCAUCACAUUUUUCGGUGAAUACCUCAAUCCUCCUUCUUGAUAAACAAACAUUUGGUAAACAAAUAUGAUUUCAAUUUACAAACAUUAAUAAAAAAACACACAUUUUUAUGGAAUUUUUGAAAGAUCCUCCUCUUGUGAUAAUCGUUAAAUAUAUUGUCUCAUAUACAUAUUGGUUAUUGAAAUUGAACGUUGAUAUACCGUAGAUUUGAUGUACAAAAACCAAACAAAAGAUGAAAUAAGACAUAAAAAAUUUGUUGCACAGGAUAUUCGUAGUGUAGGAGUCGAAUAUUUUUAGACGAUUGCAGAAAUGUUUAUUAUAAUCAAUCGCAAGGUUUCACUAUCCGUAGGCCAGGAUGUGUAUUGAAUAUGAAUUUGCGAAUGAACAAAACGAAAUUAAGAGUUGAACGAAGUAAUUUGUUGAGCAAUUUCUCCCACGCCAAAAUUCUUCAAUAUUUCCUUCCAGUUUAAUCAAAUCAUUCUUCCAAUACUCUGAAAUUCUUUUCAUCAAAUUUAACCUGAUUUGCGUAUUGUUCUUCUUCUUUUUGUAAAUCAACAAAAAACGAAUUUUCACAGCCAUGCUGCAGAGAAAAUGAAAAUUCAAUUGAAUGCGCAAGAAAUGUGCUUGUAAUAAUUUGAUUCGACAAGAAUUUAUGUAAAAUAUAAUCAAAAAAAUAUGAAAAUUCUGCACAAUAUUUUGUAAACUCUAACAUUCCAACGCUUCGUCCGCACGCGACUGAUUUUUUUCUAAAAAAUGAACAACUCUCAGAUUUUAAACGUCAUUCUCAAACAGAAGAAAACAUGGUUUUAUUACAUGUUCCACAAAAAGACUUUUCAACGGAUUUUAUUACAAACAUUUUAUUUUCAACGAUUCCCAUCGUUUCCAUUUUGGCCGCUAUUUUUUCCAGCCAAACUCAAUCGCAUUAUUUCCAUCGAUUCAGUGGAAUUAUUUAUUUUGAACAUUAAACAUUCAUUUGCGAUAUUUUAUGCGCAAAUUCAAUGGCUGAUACAAUCUGUACAAAUCUAAUAUCUAUUUACUAUAUAUUUAAGCUUAGUUAGGCUCUAUAUACAGACGGAAAAAGAAACUAUACCGAGGAAUAGCAUCACAUUCUCAAUCACAAUUAGCCAACAUGAACAUCUAUAUCUCAACACAACAGCGAACAGCAAAAAUCUUUUUUUUUUCAAAUUGCACUCGUAUAGAGAGUAUUUGUAUUUCUGCCGCUUAUCUAUAGAGAUGUUGGUAUACAGCUACACAAACACUCUCUCUCUUACACAAUUUAUAUCCGUUUUAUUUCCACUUUUAUUAAUAUAUAAUCAUCCACUUGAAUGGGUAGUUGUACAAUGUUCAUUGCUACGACGCGUACUGCAAUUGUAUUGGCUUGCCGUCGUGUUGCCGACGAAAUGCAAUUUUACAAAUUAAACUUCAGCUCGCUCCAAAAGUGUGCAACACACAGUCUCUUUUCCCAGGAUUAUCCGGAAAACUAACAGAGACAUUGUUGAAUAUAACUCCUUGUUUCCAUGGGAAAAUGUGUGAAAACUAAUUUCUUGUGGAUUUAUUGGUUUUCGGAUAUUUCUACUUAUGAAAGAGACAGACAGAGAGAGAGAGAGAGAGAGAGAGAGAGAGAAAGAGAGGCAAUUUAAUAAUAUUCCACAAGCAUCGACCAUAAUUCGAUUCAAGUAUUUAUGAAGUAAUUAUAUAUGGAAACAACCCGAUCGAACGAAGACAAUAUCGAAUGGACAAGGAUACGUAGUAAAAACUCAAAGCACUAGCGAUGAAUAUAUAUAUUUUUCGACGUAAAAGACACGACUUCCCAUAGAGACACAUUGAUAGCUUUACACAAAGGAAUUAAUAAUACAAUCAAUAGAAAAAAAACACGCAUUUCAUCCAUCGGGUCAGACACAGUCGAUAUGAAAUUAAAAAAAAUCGAUGAUCACUUGAUUAAAUCACAACAUUUGUCUAAACAAAUAUAUAAUAAACACUCGAACAAGCAUUAUCAAUGAACAAAAAGAAAAUAACUUAUCAUUGUAACUGCGCUCAUGUAAGAUAAGUUUUAUAUUUUCAACUCAAGUUUGAGCACGCUCUUUUCAUCGCUCACUAUUGCAUUUGCUUUCAAAUCGGAUGUAAUCUCCAAACCGAAACUUCAAUCACUGAUUUUAUUUUACACAUUAACACUAAUCCGAUGUUGGGACCUUUUGCCCCAAAUGUUUACGAUCACAAACCCUAGUAUUGUAUUAGAAGUAACGGAAGUAACCGAACAACUUUUCGAAAAUAUGCAACAUGUAAAACAUUUCCUUUAAUUAAUUCGUAGAAAUUCCGAACUUUUGCAACUUCCCUUUUCAGGUUUGUAGAGUGACAGAGAAUUUAAUCCACCGUAUUACUUUCCUAUUCUGUUGGAAUGUAGAAGAAAUGUUCAAAAUUAAACUCAGUAACAAAAAAUGUCAAAAAACUCACCAGUCAGUAAAAUAUGCUUACAUCAGCUUAUUGCAUGUGUAUACUUAUUGUGUAUCAUACAACAAAUCCCAUAUCAGAGAGAAAAUCUACGAAAAGUAUCAUGAAACCAAAAAUAUGUCUAUAACUCAUCGGUUCUUGCGAUGUGUAUUUCAUACAUUUAUUGAUUAGAUUUGGGUUUCAAACAUCGGAUCAGUGUUAAUUGAUACCGAAUUAAGCAUUCAUAUGCAAAUGCAUAGCUACGGAUAAAUCCAUUCAUAACCUACAGCGGAAAAAUGAACAGCUUAAAAAGUAAUGAAGAAAAAGAUGAAAUUAAAUUUUAUCAGAUCAUGUUUGAAUUGAAAGGUUACAAAAUAAUAUCGACUUUCGUAAAUAAAAUCUCAUUAUACUCAAUUAAAGAGCAUAACGAGCGUUCAUAAUAAAGCUUUUUUAUGGAAUUUAAUUUUCAUUCCACUUUUUGCUACAGAUGCGCUCACAAGAAUGAGUCAUAAGUGCGCAAUGUUACCCUUAUGUAUGAAAUGUGUAAAGAUUGCUUGAAGUAAUAAACUGAUGGCAGACAAUUAUUAUGUUAUUACUGAUACUGUUCAUUAUUAAAUACGUAUUUAAAUAUUCAUGAGAAACGGCUGUUUUAAUCAAGUUUUGUCUAUCAGAAAUUGAUUAUUCUCAUUUAUGUAGACAUGGUGGAAAAGAACACCCACCCAAAUACACACAUACAACCCAAAAUAGAUAAGCAUAUAAAAUAAAAAAUAAUAAAAUUAUUCUUGUAAUUAAAAUAAAUUCAACAAAACCCUAAUUAAGAAGAUGCAAUUUGUUGAGUGGAUUGCUGUAUGAGGCCUGAAAACAAUAGUGAUGAUCUAUAUGGUUCAAACAAGAUUGGUUUUUCCAAAAUUUAUGAAAAAAAAACAAAAACAAAACAAUAACCUUAAAUUGGUGUAAUGAAAUAAAAUUAAAUUGCAACAAUGUAUGUAACACAAAGAACAAAAUAUAUCUUAUCUUCGUCAUUUAUCACAAAA